AUGAAGGGACUUAUCCUCGUUGGCGGCUUCGGGACGCGCCUCCGCCCCUUGACCCUCACACUGCCGAAACCGCUGGUCGAGUUUGCCAACAAGCCCAUGAUCGUGCACCAGAUUGAGGCUCUCGUCUCAGCUGGUGUCACCGACAUUGUGCUGGCUGUGAACUACCGUCCCGAGAUUAUGGAAAAGUUCCUCGCCGAGUACGAGGAAAAGUACAACAUCAACAUCGAGUUCUCUGUCGAAAGCGAACCCCUCGACACCGCCGGUCCCCUCAAGCUCGCCGAGAAGAUCCUCAAGAAGGACGACACCCCCUUCUUUGUCCUCAACUCGGACGUCAUCUGCGACUACCCCUUCAAAGAGCUUCUCGAGUUCCACCGCAGCCACGGCAACGAGGGCACCAUUGUCGUCACAAAGGUCGAGGAGCCCUCGAAAUACGGUGUCGUUGUCCACAAGCCCAAUCACCCCUCGCGCAUCGACCGCUUUGUCGAGAAGCCCGUCGAGUUUGUCGGCAACCGUAUCAAUGCCGGCCUAUACCUCUUCAACACAUCUGUGCUCGAGCGCAUCGAGCUGCGCCCGACGUCGAUCGAGAAGGAGACGUUCCCCGCCAUGGCCAACGACCACCAACUGCACUCCUUUGACCUGGAUGGCUUCUGGAUGGACGUCGGUCAACCCAAGGACUUCCUGAGCGGUACUUGCUUGUACCUCUCCUCGUUGACAAAGAAGGGCAGCAAGGACCUCACCCCUCCCACAGAGUCCUACGUGCACGGCGGCAACGUCUUGAUCCACCCCUCAGCGAAGAUUGGCAAGAACUGCCGCAUUGGCCCCAAUGUCACCAUUGGGCCCGAUGUGGUUAUUGGCGACGGUGUCCGUCUGCAGCGCUCCGUUCUCCUGCGCGGAUCCAAGGUCAAAGACCACGCGUGGGUCAAAUCGACUAUUGUUGGUUGGAACAGCACGGUCGGCCGCUGGGCGCGCCUGGAGAAUGUCACCGUGCUGGGCGACGACGUGACCAUUGGCGACGAGAUCUACGUCAACGGUGGCAGUGUCUUGCCGCACAAGUCCAUCAAGGCCAACGUGGACGUCCCGGCCAUUAUCAUGUGA